AAAGUAUCACACACUUUCUGAUCACGCACAUAACCCAACCAAGACGCUUGAUUAUAAGUUUAGUGUACCAAGCAACAUCAACGCUUUAUGAAGCAUGAAGCAAAAGAUAGUCAAACGUGUGCCCAUGCGCUGUGAGGAUUGCAGAAGCAAGGCCAUGAAGAUCGCAUCAAUGGCUAAAGGUCGGGUGAAUUCGGUGGCACUAGACGGAGAAGAUAGGGAUCGUGUGGUGGUCGUCGGAGAAGACGUGGAUCCGGUGUGUUUGGCUAAGAAACUGAGGAAGAAGUUCAGGUCGGCCACCAUUGUAAGUGUGGAAGAAGUGAAGGAGAAGAAAGAGAAGAAGCCUGAGGAAUUGGCUUGGUGUUACUAUGGGCCUCCUUGUCCCCCUUAUAUUUGUGAACAAUACCCUACUGAUAAUAGCUGCUCCGUCAUGUGAUCGGAGACGCAGAGAGAGAGAGAAAGAGACAAUAUUCCUAUGUUUGUAUUAUGAGUACCAAUAUAAUUGAGUCCGGAUUGCAAGUUUUCAUUCUAAACAAAAAUAGGGAGAUAAUUACUUCUACCUGUGUGUUGAUUAAUUUCAUGGUAUUACUUUCAUCUCAU